AUGUCAGUGUGGGCAUUGAAGGUGGUGGGCCUGGGGGCAGUGGCUCUCACUCUCAUUGUUGAGUUGGUUUGCUGGCUCCGCCGCAGGCCUGACACGCCGGUCAAAGAGGUGCUGUUCUUCCCCACAGAGGUAGCCUGUGUGGAGCACAUCAUCACUCCAACUUCCCUGUCCCCCUGUUCCUGUCCGUUGCGCCAUGGAAUCGAGAACUCCUUCUCUCGCCUCAUCCGCCACAUCAUGUCUGUGUCCUCCUCUCUGGACCUGUGCGUGUUUUCCUUUUCAAACACGCUACUGAGCAGAGCAGUGCUUGUUCUGCACAGUAGGGGCAUCGCCGUCCGUGUCCUGACAGACAAGGAUUACUCACUCAUCACAGGCUCCCAGAUUGGGUUCCUCCGCAAAGCAGGGAUUUGUGUUCGGUACGACUCUGUUGCUGUUCACAUGCACCACAAGUUUGCGGUGGCAGAUGGCCGGCGCCUCAUAACUGGCUCCAUGAACUGGACACUGACUGCUGUGCAGAACAACAAGGAGAACGUACUGAUCACCGAGGAGCCAGACCUGGUUCGACCCUUCAUUCAGGAGUUUCAGAGGCUAUGGGAGGCCAAUGACCCAGCCCAGUUGGCAAUUGCCUAA